CUUUCGCUUUCACUUCCUCCUCCGAGAGUCGACGGAUCUCCGGGCGUUAAGCCAUCAUGGCGCUACUGGAUGUGUGCGGUGCCCCCAGAGGGCAGCGGCCGGACUGGGCUGUCCCGGUCGCGGGAAGUAGGCAUCGCUCGGACCCGGGACACUACAGUUUCUCUAUGCGAUCUCCGGAGCUCGCCCUUCCCCGGGGAAUGCAGCCCAAUGAAUUCUUGCAGUCCCUGAGUAGGGAUGGAGAAAGAAAUGUCCAGAUUGAGAUGGCCCAUGGCACAACCACACUGGCCUUCAAGUUCCAGCAUGGAGUUAUUGUAGCAGUGGAUUCUCGGGCCUCGGCUGGGAGUUACAUUGCCACCUUACGGGUGAACAAAGUGAUUGAGAUUAACCCCUACCUACUUGGCACUAUGUCUGGCUGUGCUGCAGACUGUCAGUACUGGGAGCGUCUGUUGGCCAAGGAGUGCAGGCUGUACUAUCUGCGGAAUGGGGAGCGGAUCUCAGUGUCGGCAGCCUCCAAACUGCUCUCCAACAUGAUGUGUCAGUACCGGGGCAUGGGCCUCUCCAUGGGCAGUAUGAUCUGUGGCUGGGACAAGAAGGGUCCAGGACUUUACUAUGUGGAUGAAAAUGGGACUCGGCUCUCGGGACAUAUGUUCUCCACCGGUAGUGGCAAUAGUUAUGCCUACGGGGUUAUGGACAGUGGUUAUCGGCCCAAUCUUACUAUUGAAGAAGCCUAUGACCUUGGUCGCAGGGCUAUUGUUCAUGCCACUCACAGAGACUGCUAUUCUGGAGGCGUUGUCAAUAUGUACCAUAUGAAAGAAGAUGGUUGGGUGAAAGUGGAAAGUACAGAUGUCAGUGACCUGCUGCACCAGUACCGGGAUGCCAAUCAGUAACAGUGGAGACUGGACAGGCCUCCUCCGGGAUAGCCUGAUAGACUCAGGGAUCUGGGUCACCUUAAGUCCCAGGAGAAGUAGGGGCCUGACCAGAGUCAGAGAUAAAGAACCUGCUCAGCAACCAGUGGGGACCUGGAGGGUUGGGCCCAGUUUACCCUUUUUAGUGUUCUCCAUUUCAAUGAGCCUCCCUCCCGGGUGCACCCUAAGCAAAAUAAAGUAAA